UACGUCAGCGACAGUUAACAGUGUAACCGGGACAGGCUAUGCUGCUGUGUGGCUUCUCGUUUAUUAUUUUAUUGUUGUAACAUUUUUAAUUUUUUUCUUUCUUGUGUCGAGUGUUGCUGUAUGACACCUCCACUCUGGAUCGCGGCGGCACCAACAGGAAGAAGAUUGAGGAAUUCUCUAAAUCUUCUCGGGAGAAACUGCUGCAGUCGAAAAACAAAAUGUUUUCCAAAUUCACCUCCAUCCUCCAGCACGCAGUCGAGGCGCUCGCUCCUUCACUUCCCUUGCAAGAGGAUUUUGUGUACCACUGGAAGGCAAUCACACAUUACUAUAUAGAAACGUCAGAUGAUAAAGCCCCAGUGACAGACACAAACAUCCCCUCCCAUCUGGAGCAGAUGCUUGACAUCCUGAUACAGGAGGAGAAUGAGCGUGAGUCUGGAGAGACGGGGCCCUGCAUGGAGUAUUUACUGCAUCACAAGAUCCUGGAGACCCUCUACACGCUGGGCAAAGCUGAUUGCCCGCCUGGAAUGAAGCAGCAGGUGUUGUCAUUCUAUACAAAACUUCUAGGAAGAAUCCGUCAGCCCCUGCUUCCCCACAUCAAUGUGCACAGGCCAGUUCAGAAACUUAUCCGUCUUUGUGGAGAGGUUCUAACAGCUCCUACCGAGAAUGAAGAAAUCCAGUUUCUCUGUAUAGUGUGUGCAAAGCUGAAGCAAGACCCCUACCUGGUCAACUUUUUCUUAGAGGUGAAGCAGGAUCCUGUCCUGCACUCUUACAGAAGGCAGGUGAGCAGCCAGGCUGCAGAAACUACAUUGAACAAGUCAAAGGCAGGUGCAAGCGGGUCCUCCAUCCCUGUUAGAGAAAGCAUAUCGGGAAAACUCAAGGAACCCAGUGCUUCCUCCGCUUCAGAUACUGGGCAGACUGAGCUCACUGGAGAACCAGGAGCAGCUACCAACAAUGAAACUGAGUCGACGGAACAGACUUCCGAGGAGCCUGCCUCAGUGAACACAUUGCAUAUACCGUCGCAGAACAAGACUGCUGCUGAGGAGUCUGCCUCUGUGAACACAUUGCAUAUACCGUCGCAGAACGAGCCCGCUGCAAAUUGUCCCAACCAGGACUACAAUCUAGUCAAUUCUUUGCUUAAUCUAACAAGGAGCCCUGAUGGACGGAUUGUAGUGAAAGCCUGUGAAGGUCUUAUGUUGUUAGUGAGUUUGCCUGAGCCAGCAGCUGCCAAGUGCCUGACAGAGAACACUGCCCUGUGUGAGCUUCUGACAGAGAGGCUGACUGUGUUCUACAAAGCACUGCCGCAGUCAAUGGAUCCACUGGAUAUCGAGACUGUCGAGUCAGUUAACUGGGGAUUGGAUGCAUACAGCGGCAAAGAAGACACGACAGCAUUCCCAGGAAAGCGAGCCCUCAUCUCUUUCCUUUCUUGGUUGGAUUACUGUGAUCAGCUUAUCAAAGAAGCACAGAAGACUGCUGCAGUAACACUUGCAAGAUACGUGCGGGAGAGGUUCUUUGUUUCUGUCAUGGAGCCACAGUUAAUGCAGACGUCUGAAAUUGGAAUUCUGACCUCCACAGCUCUGCUAAACCGUCUCAUUCGCCAGGUCACGUCUGGGGCUUUGCUGCAGGAGACAAUUUACUUUAUUCUGGGGGAGCAGAGAGAGCCUGAAACACUGGCGGGCAUUAAUAGUUAUCCUCUGAGGCACCGACUCAUAGAGCAUUGUGAUCAUCUUUCAGAUGAGAUCAGUAUAAUGACCCUAAGAAUGUUUGAGCACCUUUUACAAAAACCCAGUGAGCACAUAAUUUACAACCUGGUCAUCAGAAACUUGGAGGAGAGAAACUACACCGAAUACAAACCUCCCUGUCAAGAAGACAAAGACAUGGUGGAAAACGGACAAAUAGCUGGAGCCAUAGACCUAGAGGAAGAUCCUCUUUUUACAGACCUUUCACCUGGCAACAGAUUAUCAGCUGAUUGGCUGAGUGGAUCCCCGCCUCAAACUCCAGACCACACAAAAUCUGAUGGCAAGACAGAGGUUCAUAAAAUUGUAAAUAGCUUCCUUUGUUUAGUCCCAGAUGAAGCAAAAUCUUCAUAUCAUGUAGAAGGCACAGGUUAUGAUACCUACCUCAGAGAUGCACAUAGACAGUUCCGUGAAUUCUGUGCUUUCUGCACGAGAUGGGAGUGGCCAGGAGCACCGAAGACAUUUGAAAAGUGUCGUUUGGAUGCUGCUUUCUUUGAGGGGCAUUUCCUUAAAGUUCUUUUUGACCGGAUGGGUAGGAUCCUUGAUCAGCCUUAUGAUGUGAAUUUACAAGUGACUUCAGUGUUGUCGAAAUUGUCCAUGUUUCCCCACCCUCACAUACACGAGUACUUAUUAGACCCCUACAUCAACCUAGCUCCAGGCUGUCGGUCUCUCUUCUCUGUGAUUGUCAGGGUGGUUGGAGACCUUAUGUUAAGAAUCCAGCGCAUCCCAGAUUUUACCCCUAAACUUCUGCAGGUCAGAAAGCGAUUGCUGGGAAUGGACCCUGAAGAUGCAGUCAUUGAUCACAGUACCUUGUUGGAGGGUGUGAUUGUCCUGGAGGAGUUUUGUAAGGAGUUGGCAGCAAUAGCAUUUGUUAAAUUUCACGCAUCAACAACGCCAUAGAGGACAUUGUAAUGCACACUGUGACUGUCACAUACUUUAAACAAGACAAUUUGGAAGCUCAACAGAUGUGCUGCAGUGAGUUGUCAGGAGAGCAGAACUAAGAAGCCCUUUAUUCUUUAACAAAAAUCUGUCCUUUUUCAUGACUGCUGAUCAUGACAGGCCACCAAUUAACAACCUGGCUUUGAUACAGCCUGAUUCUUUAGUUGUCGCAUCUUUUUGACUAAUGGUCAUGUUCUUAGACCUACAACUGCUAAACCAAAAGCUAAAUUAUGACCCUGUGAAGAUCUUAUAGGAUAAAGAAGGGAACUGGUUUGAAAAGAGUUGGAAAGACUUGGACCAAGAACAGAAGGAAAAUUUACUACAAUACAUGUAUCAUCCUGCUUAAUGUAUAUGGUGCAAAAACAUGCCUAGCUGUCUUUUUUACAUUUUAUUUUAUAACAUUUUUCUUAAACUGGAUGAGAAAAGGGAGGGGGUAAAAGAAAACACAAAAAACACCAUGGGUUUGCGUGCAAAAACUGCCUCUGUUCUUAACAAUUCUUUUUAAAUAAAGCUAGGUGUUUUCUGUUUUGUUUUUCAUUUGAGCAUUUUUAGUGCAGAUAUUUUAGCAUUAUACCCAAAAAUGAAUAUGGACAGAAGUGUAAAUACAAGAACACAACUUGUAGACCAAAACUGACGACAGACUGCACAAACGAUGUGUAAAAUAUGCAUUUUGCAUAAUUAAGGUAAUAGAAACACAAAAAGAAAAUUAAAUUCAGACCGAAUACCCAAAACAAUUGGUAGAAAAACCAUUCGUCAAUUUAAACAUUAAGCUUUGUUGUUGCUAUUUAAUGUGUGUGCUUUACAGCCCAGUAUGGUGGUAAAUAAACAAACUAGAGCAGUGCUGUGAUGCUUACAAACCCUCAAAAGAUUUGAAAUGAACACACUGUAGUAUAGAUUUUAAUGGACCAAAUUGGAUUUUAUAUAUACAUAUAUUCAGAGAAAAACUUUUUUACUACCUACAUUUGCACUUUUUAUAAAAAAUAAAAAUAGAAAUUGUGAUUGUGGAGUAGUGUAUUACGUGUUCCAGGUUAUAGUUUUAGGUUUUUUUUGCUAAAACAGUGUUUGCUAUUUAACUGGGGCUGUUGCUUUGUUAAACCAUCGUGUUGUCGUCUGUGCCUUGGGAAUGGGCAUGAUUUUAGGUAUUAUAUUUUAUUUUUGUAGGAAUGUUUCUUUUUGUAUAAGGGAUUAAUUGAUACAACUUCGUGAACAACGCACAGAUAGAAUUAUACCAGGUGCAUAACAUUUUAGCAGAUUUUUUAAAUGUAAACAAUUUAAAUGAAACUCCUCAAUCAGGAAUCACUAGUUAAUGUUUUAACACAAAUCUAGGUCUCAUCUUGUUAAAUGAAGGCUUCAUAUCCAGUGAUAAUAAUGUCAAGUACUGUAUGUUUAUCGUAACACUUAACCAAGCAGGGUUUAUGGAUUUCAGAUGCAGAUUUAAACAUGGAGUUGGCCUAAAUGACUUCAAUGACUAGAAAAAAUAUGACUAGAAAAAAUAAGAGGUUUAAAAAGUAACAUUGGCCACUUAUAGUAUUAACCUUUAUCAACCCGAGAGACAAAGUGAAACCAAACCAGACUACAAGCCGUCUUGAACACGAUUGCUGUGCAUUCCUGUUGUCCUGAACAUGAAAUGAUGUAUCUUUCUUGUAUUUGCCAUGUCUACUGUCUGGUAGCAGUGUAUUGUUCUGUGGGGUUUUUUUUUGUUUGUUUUUGGGGUUUUUUAAGAAUGCGGGAGACGGCCUUUGUGUUUCUUAGGGUUGUCUGUCCACUUUAUGCAAACUUGUUGUUUUAAAAAUUGGACAUUGAUUUAAAAAAAAAAAAAAAAACUGU